UCAGCAGAACUGAAAGAAGCUUGGGUAGGGCUACAUCAAAAGUCUAAGCCCUCUGAAGGGUUUUUAACAAACCCAGGGCGCUCUUUACAGAGCUGCCUUUCACUAGGAUUAUCAGCUACACAAAAGGGGGAUCUUUUGGGGGCAGCAUGGUGGCCUAUGAUGAAACCGGAUCGCUUUUGCCUGUUAAAAGAACAAUUCAAGUAAUUGAUGUUCAGAAUCCAUCUCAUAAAGAGUCUGAGGAGCCAAGUACAAAGCGAGUUAGACCUCUGGGACGUGUAUCAUCUUUGGCAAAUCUAAUUUCUCCUGUCAGAAAUGGUGCAGUUAGACGUUUUGGACAAACAAUACAGUCCAUCACAUUCCGGGGUGAUAAUAAAUCUCCUAGCUGCGCUCAGAAGCCAUGCAGCAAAGCCUCUGCCCCAACUCCACCAAAACGCAGAAACAGCAAGCUUUGGUCUGAGACACUGGAUGUGUCCAUGAAGGAAGUUCUAAGUGCAAAAGAGAUCAAGCGAAAUGAGGCUAUAUUUGAAUUAUUCCGAGGGGAACAAGAUUUAAUUGAAGACCUCAAGUUGGCCCGAAAGGCCUAUCAUGACCCGAUGCUAAAGCUGUGUAUUAUGUCUGAAGAGGAGCUCACGCAUAUAUUCGGAGAUCUGGAUUCGUAUAUACCACUGCAUGAAGAUCUUGUACGGAGACUUGAAGAAGCAACGACACCUGAUGGACUAGUUGGAGAGAUUGGUCAAAUACUUGUUAAAUGGUUACCCAGGCUUCAUGGAUAUAAAGGCUACUGCAGUCAUCAGCUGGCAGCUAAGGCACUCUUAGAUCAGAAGAAACAAGAUCCAAGAGUACAAGAUUUUCUACAGAGAUGUCUUGAGUCCCCUUUCAGUCGUAAGCUUGAUCUUUGGAGCUUCCUGGAUAUACCUCGCAGCCGUCUGGUUAAAUAUCCUCUUCUUUUAAAAGAGAUUCUACGACAUACUCCUAAAGACCACCCAGAUGCAUAUACUUUAGCAGAAGCAAUAUGUAUUAUUCAGGGGGUUUUGUCAGAUAUCAACAUUAAAAAAGGAGAAUCUGAGUGCCAGUAUUACAUUGACAAGUUAGAAUACCUGGAUGAGAAACAACGGGACCCACGGAUUGAAACCAGCAAAACAUUGCUGUGUCACGGAGAGCUAAGAAACAAAAGUGGAACGAAGCUAUAUGUAUUCCUUUUCCAAGACAUUCUGAUUCUGACACGUCCAGUCACACGUAAUGAGCGCCACUGCUACCAGGUGUAUAGACAGCCAAUACCAAUGCAGGACCUGGUAUUAGAUGAUCUUCAAGAUGGUGAUGUAAAAAUGGGUGGCUCCUUCCGUGGAGCUUUCACCAAUUCAGACAAAGCUAAAAAUAUCUUCAGAGUUCGAUUCCAGGACCCUACCCAUGGUCAGUCUCAUACCUUGCAGACCACUGACAUUUUCCAUAAGCAGCAGUGGCUCAAUUGUAUCCGAACAGCCAUGCUUGCCUACCAGCAGAUCACCUCAACAGCAGAGCUAAAAGAACUGCCAGGUGUUGAUGAGGAGUGUGAGGAGAACUCCCCACCAGCAGAGAGCUUCAAAAUAAAGAGGAGAUCCACAGUCUCUGAGAUUCUUACUGUGGAAGCUGAUAAUAACAAUGGGUCAGAGUGUAGCCUCGUAACUGAAAUGGCAGAUGCUAGUAGUACGCAGACAGGCCCUCGCAGGAUAUCAUUUGAGCACAGAUCAAAAUCCAAGACUCUGCCAUGUAGCAAACGAAAAGAAACAUUUGUUUGAAACCCUAUCUCCUAAAUGGAGGCCAAACUGUAUGUAUAUAAAUAAAUGAGUACAUUUUUAUAUACUGUAAAACUGGUGGGAUUAUUAAUCCUUGUAUGUUGUAUUGUUUGAAUUUCUUAAAGGCAGCUAUUUCUAUACUUAACCCUCUUGAUUAUGGGUGGGGUAUUUUUUUAUGCUUCACCACUGAACCGUAACUGGAAAUAUGCCAUACGACAUCACUGGACUAGUAUUAGCUGGAAAAAAAUGGAGAGACCGUUGAAGUCAGCAAAAAUGCAGCAAAUCCAUUCUUUUGGGGAAGUCAUUUUAGAAAGACUUUGAAAUAGAAAAUGCACAGAUUUUACACAAGGUGGUGAUUGCAGUGAAACAGUUUCACCGUGUGGACAUUAAUGGAUUACUAACUGUGGAAUCGAAGUUCAAGUAUCAUGUUUAAGCUUCUACAAGGUUAAAUUAUUUCUCAUGUUACUUGAUGGAGCCACUGUAUUAUUUUUUGUAUAAAAUGUGGUCAAAAUAUUUUAAAUAGUCUUCUGACUUUGUGGUUUGUCUUUUCCUCUUUCCAUUGUUGUACGUGUUCCUAUCAGGCAGUUUAUAUAACUUUUUUUUUUUCAUUUUUGUUAUUAUUAUUAUUAUUAUUAUUUUUACUACUACUAUUUUUAUCAGAUCUUUUCAAGACAAAGGAAAAUUAUGCUGUAGGCCAUCGUCUGGCGUAUUGAAUUCAGAUCUUUCUAAAUUCACAGCUGUAGACUUGUGCUGCAAAUUUCAAGGUUCUGUUGGCGCUAACAUGUAUCAGACAAUGCAGGAAUAGAAAGUGCUUAUACUUAUUUUUGUUUGCCGUGCUGGACACUUGAAAAAAGAAUCUUCCUAUAUUUAAUGAGUGUUCUUUUUUUUCAUAUUACUGGAACACAUAAUUUGUGAAUUUGUACAUUCCUUUUUUUUUUCAUAUCCUGCCAGGUAUUUUAUUUUUAUUAUUUUUUUUUCUGUAAUAGCUCUGGGAUUAUUAUCCAUGUUGUUAUUAUUAUUGUUUUAUAAUUAUGUCAGCAUAUUGUAAGGGGGUGUUUUGUUUAAAAACACUUAACAAAUAUGGUCAGACCCAGUUUAGCCUUUAAUGUUUACUGGUUAGCCCUUAUUUUAAAUAUUCAAAAUAUCAAUACAGUAAAAAUGAAAACAUUGGUCCCUACUUCCUUUUGCUGUAAAAGAUCCAUUGCUGUCCAGUUUUAUUUGAUACUUUAUAGUUCUAACACAAUAACUAGAUGUAAAGCAAAUAAAAUGGGUACCACAUCUGAUGCAAACCUAUAAUGUUGGCCAUACAAGAGUAAUAAGUGAUUUUUAAAGAAAUGGAAUUGUCAUGCAAGUUAGUGAGUACUAAGCAAAGUAGAACUGGCAUGCAAAGCAUUUAUUUAUUAAUUAUUGCAGAUGAUAGAAUUUUCUGAAGAAUGUGUUAUAUUAAUAUUUUCAGUCAGUGAGCAUUCUUCCCCAUUAUACUUGGCUAGUAGUUGAUACUUACGUAUUCUGCUCUGUUGUAUAGAAAGCCAAUUUUUACUCCCGUUUUUAUCCACAAGAGUAGUAGUAGAUAGAAGGAAAGUAAUAUGGCAACAUUAACCAGCAUAAAACUGCAUAAGCAGUAGUCCUGUACAUUAUUUUGUGUACAAAACAUUUUUAAUGCAGUUUAAUCAUGUAUAUAUGCUUGGUUAAUAAGUUUUGUCUUCAUUUAUUUGUAUGUGUCAGCACUACUAAGAAAAAUAGAUCAUUCAGAAAUCACUUGACAGUACUGCCCUAAAAAAACGUCAUUAAAAACUAAUAUAAUUCAUUAGUAUGUUUAAAGGCCAGACUGGGAUUGACCAAAUUCACUUUAUUUUCUACAGGGUGAAACCGAGCCAUGCAGUUUUGAGCCAGUAAAACAAGAAAACUCCUUGAAUGUAGCGUCGUGUGUGUAAAUGUUUGCUUAUUAUGAAAAGCAUGUAAAACAACAUUUUCGACUACUAAAGAACUGCAUUGAGACAGAGUUGGGGGUUAAAGCAAGUUACAGAAGGUUAGAGGACUAUUGAGUAAGAUAUUUAUGAUAAAACAGUGCAGAUGAAAUGUUAUUUUGGAAAUUACAGAAUCAAAUAUAUAUCGCCAAGUUAGGCAUUUAAAACUGGCUCCUUUGCUGCAUGAAAACAAGCAUAGGCAAGUUUUGUUGCUUGUUGAAAAUGGAAGACUUUGCUGUCUUGUAUUAAGUGUGAUGUCACUUGAUUUUUUCAUAUAAAAGGAACUGAACUGUCUGUAAAAACUGAAUAUAGCAGCAAAGCUGGUAAAUUAGAAAUAAAGAGAGUAAAUUGUAUGUAGGGUUAUAUAGAGUUCUCCUGAAAGGCAAAGAGCGCUGUUGCUUUUGGAAAGACUGUAAAUAGUUUUAUAGAGAAAGUAAAAUGGGCAGUUCUCCAUAUACAAGUUGUACAGUUUAAAACAUGGACAUUUCAAUAAAAUUCUAACGUAAAUUGUA